UUGUAAUGUUGUUCAUAAGUUAAAGCUAUAGAAGUUUGAAAUCGGUCUUGUACUCUUGUACAAAGGGAAAACUGCUGGAUAACUGGAGUGAGUAUGCGCGUGUCAUUUAUUUAUUUUGUUCGAUGUGACUUGACUUGUUUUGAAAUUAAAGGUAACUUAAGCAUAGCUCAUAUUUUGAUUGCAGAUUUAUGAAUAAGAUAACCAAUGCAAUGCCAUAUAUAUAAAAGGCAACAAUGUUAGUUAUUAUGUCCUAUUUAAAAACAACAGAUAUGAUACUUUAAAAACAACAUAAACAUGGAACGAGAACGAGAGAUAAAAAUAGUGAGCAUGUUUGUUUGUUGGGACUAGACUAGAGGUAGGUGAGCGCAUGGAAAGAAGGUCGAUGCUCUAUAUUAGUUGGGCCGAAAGUUGGCCCAACAAAAAUGUAUUUACUGCGUUGGCCCAACAACACAUACCCUUUCUUCUUUCUUCUUCCUGACGACCAUCUCGAUUCGACUCGACGCCGACGGCGGCCGCAAUCCCGAUCCCGAUUCCAAGGAAGGCAGCAUGAGCAGCGGCGGCGGCGAAAGGCUCCGGAACCCUUGCCUGACGAUGCACCAGCCCUGGGCGUCGCUGCUGGUCCACGGCAUCAAGCGCAUCGAGGGCCGCUCAUGGCCAUCGCCGGUCACCGGGCGGCUUUGGAUCCACGCUGCGUCCAAGGUCCCCGACCCCGAAACCAUCAAGGCCAUGGAGGAUUUCUACAGGGAGAUUUACGCCGUCGACGGAAUCACCGACAUCACCUUCCCUCAGCACUACCCUGUAUCUCGUCUGCUAGGAUGCGUUGAGGUGGUAGGGUGUGUCAGCUGUCAAGAGCUCGCCUCCUGGGAACAUGUGCCCCAAUCUGUCAGGCUCGAAGCAUUGACUGACUUCUGCUGGCUUUGUGAAAACCCACAGAAGUUGGUGGUUCCAUUUGAGAUGCGUGGUUACCAGGGAGUUUACAAUUUAGAAAGAAGGAUCUAUGAGGGAGCAGUCAGGGGUCUCAUACCUGUUCAAGGUCCAUUUCCUGUCAACUUCCCACUCCCAGGAUCUUUUCAAUCUGACUACGCAAAGCCGGCUCUAGAGAAAUCUCCCAGUCUCACUGCAGCGAUAGCCGGAGCUCGAGCUGCUGCCACUCAGUAUUCACGCAAGAAUCAUAAUAAUGUUGCUCCUACUAGUACUUCAACUGAAGAAACUCAACAGAGAUUUCACUGGGAAAACCACUCCUACAUCAUGCAAAACCAGAGUGCUGAGCCUCGGAGAAGUCCCAGACUACAAAAUGGAGCUCCCAGUAGGUGGCACUGAGGGGAUUGAAGCAAUCAAGUGUCAGUGAGGGAGGAGAGCAAUCAGUUCCUAAAAGAUGGCCUGACUGAAUAUCUGGUGCGGCAUUCGGUCUAGCCUUUAGUAGUUUUGCUUGUAAGUACUACCCAAAUACCCAUGGAUUGCAAUGAAUUAUAUAAAAUAGACAAAAAUAAUUUGAGUCAACUUGGUUAAGGAAAAUAUACUUGCUUCUACUUGAUUGAAACAAUAUUCAUCAUUUUAAAAAGAAAAAGACAUUGCCAGGCUUAGAAAAUGCCUUUUCACGCGAAAAUGAAAUGGUACUCAUUAACAAUAUAUCAUGGGGGUGUAUCCUAUUUAAAAUAAAAAAAACACAAAUAAAUCAGCAGUGUUUGGUGGCAAACUUACCAUCAUCACCACGGCUUGUGACUUUUAAAGUAGUAUAGAUGUUUCUGAAUGUGUACUAAUCCCUACGGUUUCAUAAUAAUUAUUGUUUUGGAUAAGAAUAUGGCCUCCAAAAGACAACUUCAACCGUAAUUUUCUAUUACAAUAUAUAGAAUUAUCAACAAUUAUAUGAUUUCAUUGUACCUUUUAAGUUAGUCCAUACAUACAAUUUCCAUGUUGAUGAAGUAAGUAUUUAGUAUCCGUGGUGAAAUGCAAGUUAAAAAAAAAUCAACAGCGCCAAAUAUAUAUAAAAAAAGAGAAAAACUGGACAUGAGUAACAUAUACUGGUGGCUUACGAAAAUAAUAGAUGACAUUGUGACUGUGAAGCAAGAAAGCAUGGAAAUGCGAAAUGGGAACCUUCAUUUUGGAAACAGCACCAAGCAAAUUAAGCAUGCAUGUCUGUGAUCCUGCCACGAAAUUGCUGGCGACACUGAGACUUUCCAGGAAGUGUGUGUCAUACUAGUACAUCACGGCAUAUAUACUGUAGUCAGUCAGGUGUGCACUUUUAUUAUUACUGAUAUAAAUCAGCAAAAAAUUCUACGGAGUCCAGAGUAGGGGAGAAGAACCCAAAAUAAAAUUAAAAAAAAAACUGUUUUCCGGAGGAUUUAGAGUAGGACGGUUCCAAGAAAGCAGCGCGGCAGGUGUUGUUGCAUACUCAUACUCCCUCCCCUCCGCCCGAAAUAAUAAAAAGGAAAUGAAUCUGGAUGGAUGUUCAAAGUUACUAUUUUACUAGUUAAUUGUUUUUAGGAUCAAGGAAUUUGCAUUGCUGGUGAGUAUGAGGAUCAGAUACCCAAAUCUCAAAUCUCUCUCUCUCACACACCCACAGGCCACAGCAAUGAUGUGUUAAUGAGGAGGAAUCAAUGUACACUCUGUAGUGCGUACAAUUGAUUGUCCCAUUUGUCUGUAAACUGCC